AUGUCUGACACACCUCCCGAAAAGGCUGCUGAACCUUUUAAGCUUCUCAAGAAGCGGUGGCCUUACUCGGACUUUGUGACGAAAGCCUCUCAGGAUGGUUCCAUUACGAAGAAUGAAGAUCCAAACAUUAAGAUGGGUAGAGUCCUGAACGAGAGUCCAAAAAUGAGGGUCGUAAAGCCGCAUAUUCCGCAUGAAGAAAAGAAAGAAGAAGGCAAAAAGGCAGAGGAAAAAGAAGAAAAAGGUGGUGAUGAGAACAGUGGUGGCGUGAAGGACAGGGUUAGGCAAUUCGAUAGUAUGCACUUUGAGAACAUGUCGACCUCAACGCCUAUCAAGGGUGGGAAAGUGAAGAUGGAACCGCGCGAAGCAGGUCGGGCGCCGCCUAAGAAACGGGAGAACGAUGGAAAAGACAAUGAGAAAAUCGAAAGCGACGAGAAUGGCAUACAAAAGGGAGAGGAGAAACAAGAUGCUAUAAAAUCCCGUGUCUUCUCUCAGCUAAUCGCCAUCACACUUCGCAAGAUCACUAGAUCGUCGCCCUUCAACAACUACUUCAUUAUGCAAGGCUGGCAAAAAGUCUCCAAAACCAAGAGGGAGCCCGAAGCCGGUUCAGCUGCCGCAGCUGCCGGAGUGUUCGGGAAAGGAGCCACGAAGACGCACAACACUACCACGCAAGAUCCUUCCGCAGCUCAGGAACUGUACCUGCCCACCAGAGUUAGCGGCUUAUACAUCUCGCCCACUAUACAAGUCCUCCCCGACUGCAUGGAAAUCGCGACACGCCCACCUGGAGCCACCGAGUAUCACAUCCAAUGGUCAUCCAAAGAGAAACUGGCUCAUGAUGACACGGUCACUAUACCGACCGUGAAGGACGUGACUCACAAGACUGUUAACAAGCAUGGAAGAACCGGUACACGUGUGCCUGGCAUAUUCGUCGCAAAUGAAGAGGUAGAGCAAUCACUGCUGGCCAUUUGGACGACAGCGGAAGGAAAGAAGACAAUCAUACUUAUCAUACCCGUGGAUCAAGGGGACAAUGAGGAGGGAGAUGGGACUGAGGUUGAUGGAUUCGUGAUAGUUUAG